AUGCUCUUUUCACUGAAGUCCGCGACCGCUGUAUCGGCGGUUGCACUGUCUGUCGUAUUCGCCACCGAAACCUUCGCCGCCGACGUGACAUGGAAUGUGUCCCUUUGGGGCAAGCGCCGGGCGUUCACCGAGCAUGUUGAAAAACUCGCCGAGGAAGUUGCCGCAAAGACGGACGGCAAGUUCGAAAUCAAGCUGCACUAUGGUGGAGCGCUGUCGAAGUCCCGGGAAAAUCUCGACGGAAUUUCCUUCGGUGCGUUCGAAAUGGCUCAGUUCUGUGCGUCCUAUCAUGCGGACAAGAACCCGACCCUUACUGUUCUGGAAUUGCCGUUUCUUGGCGUGAAUGACCUCGAAACCGAAGUGAAGGUUUCAAAGGCGCUCUACGAUCAUCCGGCAGUUCAGGAAGACCUCGGCCGCUGGAACGCGAAACUGCUGAUGCCGUCGCCGAUGCCGCAAUAUAACUUUGCCGGCAAGGGAGAGGUGCCUAAAUCGAUUUCCGAUUUCGACGGCAUGCGUGUUCGCGCGCUUGGCGGACUGGGCAAGCUGAUGGACGCAGUCGGUGCGGUUCCGACAUCCGUAACGGCUUCCGAGACCUAUCAGGCAAUUGAUUCCGGAACGGUUCAGGCUGCCGGAUUUGCACCGCACGCACACCUAUCCUUCAAGGUCGUGGAAGUUGCGGACUGGUGGACAAAGAACCUCAACCCGGGCACCGUUCAUUGCCCGAUCGUCGUCAAUGUCGACGCCUACAACGCGUUGCCGGAUGACUUCAAGGCGGCACUUGACGACUCCGUCGAUCCCGCGCUUGCCCACUAUCUCGCCACCUAUGCGAAGGUCUACGACAAGUGGUGGCCGGAACUGGAAAACCGUGGUGUUGUCCAGGUGGAAUUCACGGAUGAGGAACUGACGUCCUUUGCUGAAAAGGCCGGCCCGAUCCAUGACGCCUGGAUCGAAGAGCAGACAGCCGCUGGUCUUCCGGCGCAGGAACUGCUCGACAUGGUCAAGAAGACCAUUGCCGAAUAA